AUGCGGAAGACAUCACAGGAUGGUGCAGACUCGACAUCCAUUGGUAGUGGAUUAGAUAACGAUUUAAAGAAACCCAGUACAAGCACUAACAAAGUAAAGAAAAAUUCUAUUAAAAGGAAAGUUCCAAACUUUAGCCAUGAUUCAGAUGACGCUAUCAUAGAACCGUUAUUGCAAACUGAGAAAGAUAACUCUAUGAUUGCUAACAAAAGUGCCAAAUAUUUAUUAAAUAAAUCCAAGACUGAGACCAUGUGCGAAAAGGAUGUAAAACCAUAUGAAAAAGCCAAAGCAUCAUCGCCUUCGACUAUUUCAAAUAAUGUUGAUUCUACGGUAGAAAAACCAACAUCUCCCUUAACCUCUGAGUCACCACCCAUAUAUAAUCACAUGAAUACAAAUGUCUUUAGUGGAUAUGACUUAACAAAAGAAAAGACAACAGCAGCAAGUACUUCCGUUCUUGUAGAAAUUGAUGGAUGUAAAUUUGUACCCCAGGGAUCAAACUCAGUUAUCUUCACAACUGCCAAAAUUCAUGCAGAUAAUAAAACGAAGGCUAUCGAACCCGUUCCAGUUACAACUGUGCCAAUAUUAUCAACAAUUGAAGGUAAUAUUGUUAAGUCUGAAGUUAUCUAUGAAGAUAAGAAAAGAUAUACUGUGACACAAACCAAUAAAGGCGAUAUAACCAAAGAUGUGAACAUAAAAUCUGAUUUAAAGUUGGAAUCAUCAAAUUUCAAUAAUCUGCCUCAUGCUAAGGUAACAUCUAGUAUGACACCUUCGACAUCUAUGCACAUUAAAAAUGAACAAAACAAGAAUAAAGAGUUGCAAUCUACCAGUUCCUCGGAACAAUCAGAAAAGUUAUUUAGCAAAGAUCAAAAGGUGAGUCUUGGAGAGGGUAAUACAAAUAUUACUGAUGAAAGAUCUUUAAUGCCUAAAGUCAUUUGUGAUGACAAAAUAACAACAAAGGUGGCACUAAACGUUGAAAAUACCACGUAUAAAAACAGUGGUGUUGUGCCUGAAACUAAGGAAUUAUUUAAAAUCUCAAAUAAACCAAAUACAUUUAAUAAAAGUGACAUUGUCGAGAAAAUAAAACCAUCAAGUGACGUCGAAAAGAUAAAUGCAAGCCAGUCAACUACAAGCUCAAGUAAACAAAUUGGUAAAUCACCUCAAAGCGAUCAAACUGAAUCUAAUAAAAACUUUUCAUCAAGUAUUAAAAAACUUCAACGACAAAAGAAUGCUAUGAUAGAGGAAGCAGUUGAAACUGGUAAAAAAGAUAUGGUUAAUUCAGAUAAAGAUAAAACUUCUACAGUACAGAAUAGUACGGUAAAGGAUGUAUCUACUGCAGUUUCAGUGAAUACAAAAACGGUUCAAAAACCAGUCGCGUCCUUGACAAAGGUAUCAAUAACUAGUACAGGUCUAACAGCUGCACCUGAAUUACCUUCUAAAUCUAUAAACACUACGGUACUUAGUCCAUCCAUAAAAUCGCCUUUAAUUAGUCCGGGAACAUCACCGACAUUAACAAGUAAACCGAGUACUGGUGUUGAUACAGUGAAAGCAAAGUCGACGUCAGCUAAGUUAGCCACGAAGCCGUCAUUAAAUAUUGCAACUGUGACGACAGCGCCUCCUACAAAAACAUCAACGGCUUCUUCUAUGAAAAAUAUGAAGGUAAUAGAUGACCCAUCCUCGUCAAAGCAGGACAGUUCUCUACUUUCCACUUCAUCGUCGAAAACACCCAAAGCAGAAACUACUCCAUCAUCAUCUGUUGUUACCACUCUUCCACUAUACAUAGUUUCUACGUCUAAAACUAAAAUAGGGUCAUCCUCAACUCCUAGUAUAUCUAACGUGACUAAGAAAACUUUCGAUCAAAAACCCAUUACGGAAGUUGUAAGUACUGCAAAUGGGAAAUCGGGAAAAGCGUUGAUGUCAACAUCGUCGUCACAGAAUAGCCAGUCUAGUUCAAAACCAAAAACUUCUACAGUAAAUUUAGUCAAAAAAGAUGAUAGAGCUUAA